ACAAAUAUAAAUUCUACAAAUGACCUUGAUCUAUUUCAUGUCAUAUAUCUGAUUGAAAAUUUCUCUUAUAAUAAAGAAUUCCCUAUUUUUAAACAAUUUCAAAUGGUUCAAUUCGUGACUGUCACACACAAUUAUAAAUGUGUUCUAAUGUGAAUUUGAUUGGUUCAAGUCGAAUUCAAUCAACUACAUUGGUUAAAUUAUUAUGGUGAAUUUAAGAGAAAGUCAGAUACCAAGCCUAGCACAAAUUAAAAUCACUUUCUUUCUUUUACUAUCAGAAAAACGAAAGUUGUUUUAAGUACAUUUUUCCCGCGGAUUUAUGGCCAAUCAACCUUUAGCUAGUGGACUUAGUGCUCAAGUCAAAAGAAAGCUUGAAGGAAAACGAGACAGAGAUCAAGAACAAAGUGUACUUGAUUGGAUAGAGGCCGUACUUGGCACCAAGGUGGACCGUUCUAAACCAUAUGAAGAGGUACUGAAAGAUGGAGUGCUACUUUGCAAAGUUAUCAAUAAACUAAAACCUGGUAGUGUGAAGAGAAUCAAUGAGAACGCUACUAUGCCAUUUAAAAUUAUGGAAAAUAUUAAUGCAUUUCAAGAAGCAAUUAAGGCAUACGGGGUACCUACUGCUGAUGUUUUUCAAACAGUCGAUUUAUUUGAGAAAAAAGAUAUUGCUCAAGUGACACAAUGUAUUUAUGCUCUUGGAAGAACAUGUCAAACACAUCCGGAAUACAAUGGCCCUACUUUAGGUCCAAAAUUAGCUCAAGAGAAUAAACGUGAAUUCACUGACGAACAAUUACGUGAAGGCGCGAAUGUGAUUAGUCUACAAUAUGGUACAAAUAAAGGUGCUUCACAAGCUGGCAUGACAAUGGGCAAACAAAGAAUGAUUCUUGAUUAAAUUAAUUAUUUAUGAAGAAGAAUACUGAAACAUAUCUAUCAAUUUAUUGAAACUAUGACCAUUUGAUGGGGGGCAAUUUUUUAAAUUCUAAUAUUAAUAAUCACAAACUUGAUUGAGUCUUAACUAUGCAACUCAGCAUGUCAAUAUUUGUUUACCAAUGAAAUGCUUUUUUUUCACAACUGCUUUUUUCCUCGUUUAAUUGUUUCUUAAGCUUAUUCUUAACUCAUCGUAUUACAGUUGAUCUAAGUAACAACAAUACUAAGGUGUAACCUUGAUUAAUCGUUCAUAUGAUUGAAUGUUAAUGUUAAAUCACGUGCUUAACUUCUUAAUAAAAAUUUCACAUAUUUGUGCUGCUAAAUAAUAAUAACAACCGCAACGCUUUUUUCCUUAAUUUUUUACUUAUAUAUUUCUGUCAAAAUACUAAAGUGUAAAGGUUAUUGUAAUUGUUAUACGGUAACAAAUUCAUUGCCUACUUAUUCUACUUGAUUCUUUAUUUAUAACUAAUAGUGAAAGUUCCUGUUUUCUA